GAAGGGAGGCGGUCGGAGGCGCCGGCGGGCGCCAUGGCGGAGCCGGGCGCGUACCGCUGCGUGGAGUGCAGCGGCGGCGCGGAGGAGCUGUACCGGGACUACCAGCGCGGGGUGCUCCGCAUCGCCAUCUGCUUUCAGCAGAAGCCAACCCCAGACCUCUGAGACUGUGCAUUCUUUCUUACUUGAUAUUUGCAUUUAGUGAAUGAACCUUUUUCUCAUCUUGCAUGUAUUUUCCUGUGGAAAUGUUGUUACAAAGAAUAGGCGGGCUGUUGCUCCUUAAAAAGAACUUACAGAAAUCCUGCCAGAAACCUGUGGACAAGUACAUUGAGUAUGAUCCUGUUAUCAUCUUGAUUAAUGCAAUUUUAUGUAAAGCACAAGCAUACAGACACAUUCUUUUCAAUACAAAGAUAAAUAUUCAUGGUAAGCUCUGCAUAUUUUGUUUGCUCUGUGAAGCUUAUCUCAGGUGGCUCCAACUACAGGAUUCAAGCCAAAAUACAGAUCCUGAUGACUUAAUCAGAUAUGCCAAGGAAUGGGAUUUUUAUAGAAUGUUUGGUAUUGCUUCUUUAGAACAAACUUCAUUUUUGGUUGGCAUCUUUAUUGCCUUGUGGUGGAUGAGACCGGAGAUGCUAAAAACCAAGUCUGACUUCAUUUUACUUCUCAAAGCACUGCUGUUGUCUAGCUAUGGAAAACUUUUGCUAAUUCCAGCUGUUAUUUGGGAACAUGACUACACGCCUUUGUGCCUUGUGUUUAUAAAAGUAUUUGUCUUGACAUCAAACUCUCAGGCAAUUAGAGUUACAUUGAACUUGAACCGAAUGCUCUCUUGGUUGGCCAUCAUCUUUGGAUUAAUUCUGGAAAAUGGUGUGGUUUGCUUAGUCCAGAAAAUGGGAUGGGAUGUUUGAAAUGUCAGCUCAGACCUAAGGAAAUACAGUGUGGUGAUCGUUUUCUGAGAAUUAUGUCUGCCAGCAGGCUCCGAAUACACUAUUUUUAUAGUGAUAAAGAAGAUGAUCGAUAACAGAAAUUUUCAUUAGUGGUGUGAGUGGAUGGUUUUAGGAUGAGUUCGGAAGAGAAACUUCCGAAGGUGUGCUGUUUAAUUUGAUGAGCCAUAAAACUUCAGUCUUAGUUUUUUGCAUUAAAAAUAUUAACGUGUCACUAUCCUAAUAACUUUAUAAUUCUGGCUAUAUAGCUAUGACUGUAACUUAAAAAAGGUACACUGGAGAAAUUCAGCACUGCUAACCAUCACUACAUUUUGGCAGAAAGAUGGGGAUGAAUUCUUCCCUUAAAAGGAAGGGGAAAAGUCAGUGGAAAAAUGUAAUAGGCAAAAUUGAUAUUUCCACAAAAACAGAUUUUCAGAGAAAAGUGAACACAUAAACAGAUUUUUAGAGAAAAGGCAAGUAUUGCAGGUUGAAACUGCAGUGGAUAAACUAAGUUGCAUUCUCUUGAGUGCUUAUAUAGCAAUCCAAAAUAAUAAAAUAUUUAGUUCCAGAAUAAUCUCUAGGACAUAUAGUUUUAAAUGGCUUUGAAUUUAAUGUGAUCUCAUAAAAAGUGAAGUAUGAGGCUAUUCAGCAAUGUUCUUUUAUGGAGUGCUAUUUCUUGAAAAAGAAACAAGGUUUGGACUGUAUUAUUAAAGAAACACUUAGAGAAGUUCUGCAUCUUUUUUCCCCAGCAGGCAAGGAGAGUGCUAGAUGACCCACAAGAACUGGUUUUCUCAAGGCAGUAGUUAGGACACUAAACUUACUCUUCUGCAGGCCAGUUUCCAUGAUGUUUCAUCCGGUGUUUAAUUUUUAUGCUUCAGUUCUAGAAGGCUGCACUGUCUCAGGUACUACUUCCCUACUUCAUUUUUCCCACAUGCAGUCUCCUAUCUCUGUUUUGGAAAAUGCAUUAACAAAAUUAACAUUUUGCAACACCUUCAAGUUAAUUAUGAGCAGGUUUAGAGUAAAUCUUGAUUACGACCACACAAGACAUCAGACUUCUUAGAACCCUUGCAACAACACAAGCUAUGUUAAGCUACUCCAUUAGAAAAACAAAUGGUUGCUAAUUCUUUUUGAGUAAGUCAGAAGUUGACACCACUCACAUGAUUUGUUAUUUGUCAUCUUUCUGAGCACUUGACGGUGAGGCCAGAGAAAAUAAACAAACAAAAAAGAUACAAUACAGCCUCUUUUAAGAACACAAGAAAAGUCAACGCUUCAAGUACUCCAGCAAGCACAAGUUGUGAAGGUGUAUGAGGGCUCCACCUUGCUGCUGGUGUCAAUUAGUGACCAGACAACUGACUGUAGGUGUGCAGUUGUUCACUGGUUGAGCAGCAGCAUUGUCAACGUGGUAUCUAGAACACACUUUGCUUUACAUAAUUACAUUUGGGGAGAAGCUCCUCCUCCAAAAGUUUAAGAAGAGUAUGUUGCCCAAGGUGCAUACAGUAGUGUUUAUCUUCCUCCUACAAUACCAGCACAAAUCAUUGCAAUAGAUGCUGCAGGUUGGGAUGGUGCAAAGGGAAAGAGUGGUGGAUCUUUUAGAAAAGCUUGAGGGGUGCUGGUUUGGCCUGCUUUCAUUUUCUUCUUUCUCCUUCUGCCAAUAGUCUAAGAGGGAAUGCAGUUCUGCUGCAGCAGAGAGGGUGACAGAAGAAUAGGCACUAGGAAGAUGCUGGCACGUGCUGAGCUAAUUCCCGCUGUUAUUGUAGCUGUCAUCUGGCAUUUACCCAGCGCUCUGCUCAUCUUAAAAGUACCUACAACUGAUAAAGUUUCUUACCGUUUGGUAUGUCCCUCUUCAGGAAUUGCUUUCUCCUCCCCACCCACCUACAAUUUAUUUAUUUUUUUCUAAUGAUAUAAAAAAAUGUUUUUGUUGGUUCCUGUUACGUUAGUUUUUUAUUAUUAUUAAUCUUAUGCGUCAUGGGUAUACGCACAAGAUUUUUUGUUUUUAAGAAAUGUCUCAUCUGCCCUGGCACUGAUUUCAGUCAAAUGGCUGAGUGGAGCACAUUUAAUUGCAGGUAAUAAAAAGGGAAGAUUUUGUAUGACAUGUAAUGUACAUAUUAACUAUUCAGCAGUGAAAAUGUAAAUGCAAUGUAUAUAAAUUAAUGGGGAAAGUUUUCUUAAAGUAUACUUAGAA